GGAGUAUGCCAGCUACAAAUGCUAAAUUUUUAGGAUCUUUUGGAGGCGCUCCGACGGAUCCAUCCGACUAGAUCGACCUACCUCAUUGGCUCAACAAAAGUGGCGUCUCGGGCAACUACCAUCUCCUAAAGAUGUCUUAAGUUGUCGCAAUCUUCCCCUCCUUCCUCGCAGUUCAGACUCUUCAAGCCAGAGAGGAUACAUCAUGGGCAACACACUUUCCGCAUACAAAGAAACUCCCCACGAGAUUGACCUUGGGUCCAAGGGAAAAAUCAGAGGCAUCCAGUUUGACCACAAAGCCCGAAGAUAUGCCGGCGUUCCCUAUGCGCUGCCUCCAGUCGGCGCUCAUCGCUGGCGCAAGCCCCGCCCGUUACCCGCGACACACAGCUAUUCUCAAUCAGGCGGCACUGCUUUCGAUGCGUCUUAUUUCCGCCCUGUGUGUCCCCAGGUGACAUACUCUCGAGGAGCCGAGAAAGAUGUCGGUGCAGAAGCAUAUAGCGAAGAUUGUUUGCUGCUGAACAUAUGGACACCCGUUGAUGAUCCUGAAACAAAGUCCGACAAGAAAUGGCCCGUCGUGUUGUGGCUCCAUGGUGGCUGGUUCCAGCUCGGCGAUCCAUUGCAAGAAGUUGGCAUGAAUCCCACCGAAUUGAUCUCCACGGGCAAACUGAACGCCAUCGUAAUUGGAAUUGGAUAUCGACUGAAUGUCUUUGGAUUCCUUGCCGGGGAGGCCUUGCUAGAAGACAGUGAUGGUGAAAGUGCGGGCAACUUUGGACUGUGGGACCAGCGGCUUGCGAUGGAGUGGGUCUACGAGAACAUCGCGACUUUCAAUGGAGAUGUGAACAACAUCACACUCGGUGGUCGCAGUGCCGGGGCAUACGGAACACAUGCGCAGGUGCUUUACGACUUUCGGCAAGAGUCUCAGCUAUUCCGCCGGUUCUAUAUGUACUCAAAUGCGAUUCCAGCUCAACCGAAAGCCCUUGCCGAUGUCAAUCCCCAGUUCGAUGAGCUUUGUGAAUAUUUCAAGGUCCCCGGUGACCUUUCUGGGCCAGAAAAAGUGAACAAGCUGCGUGAAAUCAACUACAAAGACCUUGUAGCCGCCAUAAGCCACCUCAAGAAUCAUACAUUCCGGCCCGUUACCGACGACUUGUUUAUCUUCCAAGGAUUCACUCAAUACCAUCACAGCGGUGCCUUUGCCGAGGAGUUCAAGAAGCGGCGCCUCAGGAUUCUGAUUGGUGAAGUCUUGAAUGAGGAGACGCUCUAUGCGACAUACAACAGUCCCGAGCCCAAUCUCGAGUCUCUCAGAGUACAAGUCUCGAAUUAUUACGCUCCCGAGACCGCUGAUCGUGUCAUUAAGGAAUACCAACUCCCUUCGACCGAGGACCCUAAUGAAUGGAACACACUUUUUGGAAAUAUCAUCUCAGACGGCCAAGUUAGAGCGCCUUCUCGGUGGUUAAUACACAAUCUUAGUACCCAUGGAGUCGCUCUGCGGGAUAUUUGGCGCUACAGAAUUGCAUAUCGGCUAUCUUUUAUCACCGACAAGGUAGCACCUCUAUCUUUUGGCGUGUCCCAUGCUAUGGAUAAGCCAUUUUGGAACUUCUCGAUCUUGCACGGUCCAACUACGGCCGAAAGAAAAUUGAUGGAGAAUUGGAUUGAGCAGUUUGUUGCAUUCGUGAAUGACAACCAACAGUAUGAAUACGGUACACGUGCGAUCGAUGAGAUGAAAGUCGCCACACCAGAGGGAAGUAUUGAGAUACAAAAGGACCAGCGCUGGGAUAGUCUGGUCAAAUUAGGCGAGGUGUUUGCAAAUGAUGUUUAAUGGCUCUAAGAUUUAGAGUUAUGUCUGGUUAUUGAAACUUUACAACUAAACCUUAGCGCUCCUUCUAAAGCUGCUCUCCGCUGUGAUUGUUUAAUUCUCCUACUACGUCCACUACGGCUUCUCACUGACAGUUAUGGUCGCCUGUGAGCUGUGCGGCGUUCUCCCGCACAAAAGCAAGAAUUUCAUUGAGGUUCAAGAGAAAGGAAGGCAGCAGAGUGUAGGAAUUGCAGAGUGUAGA